AUGUACUCAGUCACACUGGACCUUCGAAUUGUGUCAACGUGGAGAUCACGGAAGCAGUGUUUCUUCUCCCAAUCCCAAGUCAAUGGAUUUAUCCCUGUCAUGGCUCAGUCGGCAAGUGCAACGCCUGAUUCUGAUCGUUUGAUGGCUGGGUACAUAAUCCGUCGUGAAGUGGGGCAGGAGCUCUACUACGAGUUGGGCGAGCCAAGUGAGAUGUCCGCAACAACAUGCCGCGUCUUGUUCGCCAGUCUCGGCGUGCCAACACACGUUUCCUGCAUCCUCAUCCUCCUCAUCGCCAUCGACCGAUAUCGUAGUGUCCGCUUCCCCACCGUCUUUACCUCAUCCUCUGUUACCAGUGCCUCGUCUACCGGUGGUGGGGGCAGUGUCGCCACUGGGUCAAUGCGUUCCAGCACCGCGCUGCUACUCGUUCUCCUCAGCAUUCUUUUCAGCCUUCUCGCUGCGUUUCCUGUAGCCUACUACACAGAUGCUCAGCAAGUCUCAACCCAAACCUUCGUCAACGAUCUUAACGUGUCGAUCUCUCCCUCCACCACCUCGUCUCUUGAUACCGUUGCUCCAAUUGCUAACGAUAUGCAAGACAAACCCCACUUCCCAAUGUACUGCGUGGAGCAGUGGCCAUCUCCACUGCGGCGUCUCAUCUACUCUGUGCUGGUGGUGAUCGGUCAAUUCCUCACGCCCCUCAUUGUCACCCUCAUACUCUACGCCCACAUUGGCUGGUGGCUCGCACACCGUCGUGGUCAGCUGUACCGCAUGCAGAAGACCUCCACCAGUCACAUCCAGCUGGCUGCUCGACUGGAAAUGCGUACUCGACGUACCCACCGCAUCCUCGUAGGCAUUGUGGCGUGUUUCGCUGGAUGUUGGACACCCUGGACACUCUACUCUCUCUACUUGGAGUGCACUGCCUAUGCUAUUGCUGGCGUACCCGUCGAUGAGAUGGCAAUGGUGGAUCCGGGCAGUCAGGAUGUAGCCGUAGAUGCAAAUUUAAAGACGACGGAUCUGGUUCUAAAGGCGCGUAAAGUUGGAUCCUGUCGAGUUCCAACUCCGAGUAAUCAGUGUACGAGGAUCUCACUGCUGAAUAGCACUGCGUUUGCCUACGUGGUUGCUUGUCAAUGUGUUGACUUGUUCGCACUAAGUUCAACAUGUGCCAAUCCCUUCCUCUAUGGCUGGCUCAACGAAAAUAUCCGCAAGUCUAUCAUCCGAAGAACGGGACUGUGCAAGAAAAAGUCCACGCAUCACGAUCAGACCACCGUCAUCUCCAUGACUGCCAACUAUUCUCAUAUGGACAAGGCCACCUCAAAACCCCACUGUCCUACCAACCGCAAAUCUCACCCCUGA